AUGUCAGGUGUGUGUGUGUCCAUGGAUCUCUCUUAUCAAGCCAUAAAAACUGCUAAUCUGGCUCGAGAGGCGGAUGAACUAAGAACAGCAACAAGGAGGAGAAAUUUGCUGGUUUUAAUUUAUCAUCAUUUACUGGAGGAGGGGUAUAUGGAUGCAGCAAAAGCACUAGAAAAAGAAAGCAGUUUUGGUUUGUGCCGUUUUGAGGUCUGCGAUAAUGUAGACCUGGACACAGUUCUCAUGGAAUAUGAGAGUUAUUAUUUCAUAAAGUUUCAGAAAUUUCCCAAGCUGACGAAGAAUCUGCCAGGACAAGGAGAGAGUCGACUUGUAAAGAGCUGUGGUAAAAGGAGGACGUCAUCAUCUACCAGUCAGACACUCCCAAGAAUCAACUCUAUCCAGCGUCCUUUAUCCAGAAACACUGUUAAAAAUUCUGAAUCUAAACUAACAGGGAGAGACUUCAGUAAAUCCAGCAGUGAAAGCGAGCACCUGUCCCCAGCAGAGACAUCACAAUUUGGCCUGAAUGUGUCUCCAAUCAUCAGGAAUGGGACCGGAGAGGGGACACACAUGAGAAAGGGACAUCUGAUUGACUACAAAAAUCUGAUUCAAGAUGAAGUGAAAGGUGCCGCUAAUGACACAAUCAACAUUCUGCCCUGUGCCUCAGAUUUCUCAGAGCGUUUGUUGAAACCGAUCAGUUCCUUCAUUGGGAUGAAUAGUGAAAUGAGAGAACUUGCUGCUGUUAUUAACAGAGAUAUCUAUUUACACAACCCCAACGUGCGCUGGGACGACAUUAUAGGCCUGGAGGCGGCCAAGCGAUUAGUCAAAGAAGCUGUCGUCUACCCCAUUAAGUAUCCUCAACUGUUCACUGGAAUUCUGUCACCAUGGAAGGGUUUACUCCUAUAUGGGCCCCCAGGCACAGGGAAAACCAUGCUGGCCAAAGCUGUGGCCACGGAAUGUAAAACAACGUUUUUCAACAUCUCUGCAUCCAGCAUUGUGAGCAAGUGGAGAGGAGACUCUGAGAAAUUAGUUCGGGUUUUGUUUGAGCUGGCGAGAUUUCACGCCCCGUCCACCAUCUUCCUGGACGAGCUGGAGUCAGUGAUGGGCCAGCGAGGGGUUGGCCAAGGUGGUGAACAUGAGGGCAGUAGAAGGAUGAAGACAGAGUUACUGGUUCAGAUGGAUGGAUUGGCACGAUCUAACGACCUUGUGUUCGUGCUGGCUGCCUCAAACUUACCCUGGGAGUUGGAUCAUGCAAUGCUGAGGAGACUAGAGAAACGGAUACUGGUGGGUCUGCCAUCUGCCGCUGCCAGACAGGCCAUGAUUAGUCAAUGGCUUCCUCCAGUCAGCAACACAGGUGCUGUGGAAUUGCGCACAGAGCUGGACUAUGACAGGCUAGCACAGGAGACUGAUGCUUACUCUGGGUCAGAUAUCAGAUUAGUGUGUAAGGAAGCCGCAAUGAGACCUGUGCGAAAAAUCUUCAACGCCCUUGAAAAUCACAUUGAGGGUCAGUCUAAUAUGCCGGUUAUUGAACUAGAAACUGUGACCACAGCAGAUUUCCUGGAGGUGAUUGCUCACACCAAACCAUCAGCCAGAAAUCUGACGGAUAGAUUCUCCGCCUGGGAGAGAGAAUAUGAGUCUGUUUGAGACAACAUCAUUUCAAUAACACAUGGACUGUUAUUACAACUACAUGAAUUUAUAUUACACACCUACCAACUCUAUUUUAUGAGGUGAUUGUGUGUUUUGUUACAUUUGUUUGUACAUUGUCUGUAAAGGGUUUUUUGAGAAAAAAAUAAGACUGCAAGGAACUGCACUGGGGAUGAGCGUAUUAAAAAACAAUUUCCAAAAAUAGUUUUCUGUCCUGUUUACUUUAACCGUUUACACUAAAUACACCUCUAAUGUACAUGUAUAGACUUUAUAGGUGCACUAAGUGUUAGUUUUUUGUUUGUUUUGCUGGCUGGUAUUACAGCAGUAAUGGAUUUCAUGCUGACACCUAUCAAUGUAGAUGUAGCAUCAUGCAAAAAGUUUUUGAUUACCAAUGUCAUAGAAGAAAUGCCUUAUUCACAGGCCUAAUUGUUCUCUAUGAUUAAAUUAUUCUGCAAAAAUGUGACCGAAAGUGUCCAAAAGGAGCAUUACAGAGAUAAAGUGAGUAGCAGUAUUCGGCUGGUCAUGUGAUCUCAGCAUGGCAACCACCAUCAUCCUCAUGUCUUAUAACAGCUUUUCUAAGCUACUGAUUUGACUGUAUUUAUCUUUAGGGGUAAAACUGUUUUAAGUGGAACAAAAAUACUUCUAAGUGCACCAUUAAUAUCAUAAUUCCAAGAGACUGACUGAAUGUGUUAGGUAGGUACAGAUCUAUACAUGGUAAAUUGCUUAGAUGUCUGCACGGGCCUUGAAAUAAAACCCGACCCGUACCUGAGACCAUGUGACCCGACUCUACCGAUCUGAACGUUACCAUCAGGUUUUAAGCCUGAACCCAAAGCAAGUGUUGUUACAAUAGGCUGUAUUUUAUGUAUGGAUCAUAGGCAAAAUUCAUAACAGUAAACAUACACAGUUUUUACAAGGCACUACGGCUCAUCAGCACACCAGAGCAGAAGCAAAACAAACAAAAAAAACACUGGCUUACUGUGUAUCAAGCACCGAAAUUUUGCUUGGCGCAGAACAUCAUGAAAUCAUGUGUAACAAUAUAACAGUCACAUCAAGUCCUCUUUGCUGCUUGGACUUUUUCAGAAUGUUGAAUCUUGUGACACCUGUGCUAAAACGUAGUGCAACGAAUUAAACAGAAUGCAGGUGUCUCAACAUGCGUUUUUGAAACUUGAAGUUCUUUUUUACUUGACAGUGUCUAAAAAAUAUAGUGGCCCUUCGCGAGACCCUGAUGAAACUGCAAGACUCGGUGCAACAGUCAAAGACAAUAUUCUGUAACUGUUGUUCUGCCAUGACAGUAGAUGAGUUGAAAGAGAAAGCUCACAGCAGUGGACAGUUCACACUAAUCUCGCUAUAGCGUUGCCCCUUGCGGCAAUGUUGAGGAUGCAAUGUGUAGUUGCAUUAAGUUAUGAAUUGCGGUCUGAUACAGAGAUGUUCACAAGUCUUUCAUCUGAAGUCCGAGUCAAGUCUGAAGUCUUGAAGCUAGAGUCCGAGUCAAGUCUGGAGUCUUUAACACUGAAGCCAGAGUCAAGUCUUGAGUAUUUUGUCAUGAGUCCAAGUUGAGUCUUAAGUCACUAAAUGUUACAUCUUAUAUAUAUAUAUAUAUAUAUAUAUAUAUAUACACACACUGGUGGCCAGA